AUGUCCUUUCUCUCCUGCAGAAUCUUUUUUCUCUUUUUUACUGUUUUUUAUCUUUUUUACUGUUUUUUCUAUUUUUUUAAUAUUUUUUCUUUUUUGCUGUUUUUCUCUUUUUUACUGUUUUUCUCUUUUACUGUUUUUCCUCAUUUUUCUUUUUAUACUUUUUCUCUUUUUUACUGUUUUUUCUCUUUUUUACUGUUUUUCUCUUUUUUUAAUAUUUUUUCUUUUUUGCUGUUUUUCUCAUUUACUUUUUCCUCUUUUACUGUUUUUCCUCAUUUUUCUUUUUGUACUUUUUCUCUUUUUCAGUUUUUCUCUUUUUACUGUUUUUUUCUUUUUUUUAAUAUUUUUUCUUUUUUUGCUGUUUUUCUCUUUUUUACUUUUUUCUCUUUUUUACUUUUUUCUCUUUUACUGUUUUUCCUUUUUACUUUUUUAAUUUUUCCUUUUUCUAUUUUGUUCUUUAUUAGUGUUAUUUCUCUUUUAAUUUUUUUUCUUCAUUUUUUACUGAUUUGCCUCUUCCACUAUUUCUUUUUCCUGUUCUCUCAUGCUGACACCCAGAUUUAUCUGCAGCAGUCUGUUCGUAUCUAUCUAUCUAUCGAUGUAUCUCAAUCUGUUCGUAUCUAUCUACCUCAGUCUGUUCCGAUUUAUCUAUCUAUCCCAGUCUGUUCAUAUCUAUCUAUCUAUCUAUCUAUCUAUCCCAGUCUGUUCAUAUCUAUCUAUCUAUCUAUCUAUCCCAGUCUGUUCAUAUCUAUCUAUCUAUCUAUCCCAGUCUGUUCAUAUCUAUCUAUCUAUCUAUCUAUCUAUCUAUCUGUCCUAGUCUGUUCAUACCUACCUAUCUAUCUUUCUAUCUAUCUAUCCCAGUCUGUUCGUAUCUAUCUACGAUUUCGAUGCUGUGGAGAAGACAAUCAACUUUCUCUCAUUUUUGAACGUGGACUCGUCCAUCCACUCUGA